GACUGAGACGGAACGAUAAACCCUCUGCCGACUGCCGCGUCCAUCGUCGGCUCUUCCGUCGAGCUUCUGGGGUUCUUCUUUUACAGGCAGCCUUCGCGUUCCCGAGAGAGAGAGAGAGAGAUAGGGAGAUGGGAAGGAGGAUACUGAACGAUGCGCUGAGGGCCAUCGUGAAUGCGGAAAAGAGAGGGAAGGCAUCGGUGGAGCUCAAGCCGAUUUCCACCGUCAUGUCGUCUUUCCUCAAGAUCAUGAAAGAUCGAGGAUACAUUAAAAAUUAUCAAGUAUUUGAUCCACAUCGAGUGGGAAGGAUAUCGGUUGAAUUACAAGGGAGGGUAAGAGACUGCAAGGCGCUUACUUACAGACAAGACAUCAAAGCAAAGGACAUAGAGACUUACACAAAGCAAACUCUUCCGACACGUCAGUGGGGUUAUGUAGUGAUCACGACUCCAGACGGCGUGCUGGAUCACGAGGAGGCAAUUAAGCGGAAUGUCGGGGGUCAGGUUCUUGGUUACUUUCAUUAGAUCUGCUUUCUAGAUCCUCUGUAAUAGACUGGAUAUUCGGGCACAACACAAGUAGAGAAAUCCUUCUGAAGCAACAAGUUCUCUGGUGAAAAAUAACUACUGUUCAAGUUGUGCUUUGAUUAGUUCGUGUUACUGAUCAAUCUUUUUCUAGAUCUGUUAUAAUGGCCAGUGCAAGAUUUGGAUCCAUCCAUCUGUUGUUUGCUUUAUGUAUAGAAUACAGAGAGCAUGCAAAGCUUGUUCCAGUGGCAAAAGUAUGCCCUCUUCAAUGAAUCAUCAUGUUAAUGCCUUAAUGGCCUCAGUCAAGCUACUGUUGAUUCUAUUCAUCGUUCAUGGUUCAAACAAUUAUAUUCUUUAACCAUAAGAGCGAGUCAUGCUGAAAGCCAACGAGUAACGAAGUUCAGGUGAAAACAUGUGUAGUGUAAGGGUUAUCAGUAGUUCCUGCGGUAAGUGAUGAUCCCAUCGCCCCAUGGAGUCUGGAACCUACCCUAGGAGUUCUAGGGUUCCACUGGUCCAAGCAAUAAAGAAGUCCGGAUACAUAGUCAGAGAACAGAAUCAAUCCGUUUAAUUUUUUAAUAGUUAAGCGGAAAUCACUUUAAGUGCAUCCAUUAUUGUAGCGAAUAAUGGAAUGAAGUACCGGGAAAACAAGUUAUGGAAUGACUAAUUGUGUGUUACUGUUAUAACUUUUAUAAAUGAGACUGCCAUGUCAAUAUUUAUAUUAGUGACCACGUUAAAAAAUAUUAAAAUAAUAAUAAUAUUAUUUUUAUUUAAGUAAUCAUUAUUAAAAAAAAUUAGAAAGCAUAACCCCCACUCCCACCUCCCUCUCGUCGUUCUUCUUCCCUGCUUUCACAAACCAUGCCCCUCAACUAUCUCCUUUCCUUCUUCGUUCCAGCUCACCGCUCCUUCACCAGCCUUCUGCUUCUCCAGACGACUUCUCUUCUUCCUUCUUCUCCAACCAGCCAUGUUCUCACUUUCUCCAAUCAAUCGAACCUCUUUCUCCCUCCCUCGGCCUCACAGGAGCGUAAAGAGAAGAAUCAACGGCUAAUGGCAUAUGAGAGUAGUGACGGGAUGAAUGGAACGACGACAAGGAGCGGGAAGAAAAGAAUCAGCUGCAGAUAGGGCUGUUAAUGAGCAGAGCCGAGUUUUGUCUUGUUCAGGUUUAGUUCAUUUAUAAACGAGUCAAACUCGAGCUCGACUCGUUUAUGAAAUAGCUGAGUCGAGCCGAACACGAACCAACUUAUUUAUUUAAUCUUGGCUCAUAAUUAAGAUCAAAAUUUUGGCCUGAGCUCAACUCUUAGAUAAUUUAUGAGUUAAAUAUCCAAUUAUUUAUAUGUUGAUACAUGUGAUUAACUGAUCUUCAUGUCAUAUAUGAGACAUAUUUGCUCACAUACUCAAAUUAGUAAAUAUCACAUGAGGUGUGAUAUACAAUUUAAUAAAUAUAUGCAUCAUUAACAAACCAACUCAUAAGAU